AUGCCUUCCACAUCUCUAUUAACGGCCUCCCUGUAUUACGGCGUGGUUGCUCGGUCCUAUCCACUCAGAGGCAAGGUUUUACGAGGCUUCCUGGACGCAUCCGGAACGGCCAACGGGCUGGGUUGGGGAAACCCGAACGCGGAGUUUUCGCCGCACCUCAGCGCGAUUGCGCUCGCCUCGGAGGGGCUUAGUGCACGCAUUCUCUGGGGUUUCAGGAAUGGAGAGGUCGCGGUCACGACGGCGGCGCGAGCGAUGGACGAAGGUCGCGUGUCGGCAGCGAAGCAUGUGCGCUGCAAGCCGCGUGAGUGUCACGACGGCGUGGUCCUUGAUGUCGCAUGGGGCAUGGACGGAGUCAGUGGGUCUGAAGGUCUAGCCCCCUUCGUGACUGGAGCUGCGGACGGACGGAUCAAGCUUUGGAACGCUAAGAGACUGGCAUGCUUGUGGACUUCAGAGCGCAAGUCGGGCCUUGUGGCGGACGCCUGUGUCAAGGUGAGGAUGAACGUUUCCUGCGGCAUCGUUGCGGGUGCAAUGGAGAGUGGAGAUGUUGUCUUGUGGUCUGGGCUUGCUUCACUCCUGUCGGAAGAAGGUAGUGGUCUUCAAACCACGCCCCACGAGAUUCGGCUCCCUGCUGUCCGGAAGCUCAAUACCCCUGCGAAUUCGGAUGACCUACACGAAAUUUCUGCGCUUCAUUUAACGAUAGGUCCUGAUGACACCAAAGUAUCUAUCCUAGUAUCAUAUCGCCAGGACCCGCACUUUUAUCGUCUCAAUAUCAAUCUCGCAACAGACGAGGUUGAGCGCCUGUCCUUCGGGGACGGUUCGUUUGGAUCUAUUCAUUCGCUGCAGCCGGUGUUUGCGAUUCGGAAAGACGAGUCGGACUUCGUCAUCGUCGGCGAUCAACUAGGUUACGUUGGCAUUUUCGAUUGGACUGCGCACCCCACUGCUCCUGCCAGUACCAUUUCUCCCGUGCGCCGAUUUCUCGCUCAUGAGGAUGGCGCAGUUACUGCUCUUUCAUGGAGUACCACUGUAUUUGUAUCUGGUUCCGCGCGUGGAACGCUGAAGGUGUGGGAUUCGUUGACGUUCGCUCCACUUCGCACAUUCGUGUUCCCUUCAAGCCGUCCUACUGGCGGUGCUGAGUGGGAUGCAGUUCAGCAAAUCCUACUUGACAAGGAUGUUCUCGUGGCAUCAAUUGCGAACAAGGUCGUCGCAUGGCAAGCAGGGCGUGUUGAGACCCAUAAUAAGAAGGGUAAGGGCAAGCAAGUCAGGACAACUAAAAACAGUGGACUGGCAAAGUGGCAACAACAAAUAGAACUCUCUCGCGACAUCGCCGACUCACGCAGAGAUUUAGAGGAGGAACAAACACAUACGCGCCGCGUGUUUGGACGCGAAAGGGAACAACAGUCCACUCUUGCGCAUCUCGGCUUGAAUGAAGUCGAAGCGCUCGAGUACGUUCUUAUGUUGAGCCGAGACGAAGAGGAAAGAAGACAUCGACAGUCAUCUGCCCGCGUUCAGGAUGAAGGCGUCUUUAUGUCUGACUUCGAUGACGUGGACUCUCUAGGAUCUACUCCUUUAGAUACCAAUAAUGGAUCUUUGGUCUCUGGGUCGUCUCGAUCAUCGUCGUUCUCCAACGGGGUCCCUUCCAGGAAUAGCGUAGUUAUAAGCGGGCGUUCUGUUCCGCGUACUGUAUCUUCAUCGUCAAAUCACAAGAUCCAAAUAUCUCCUCGAAUGGAUCCUGAACCAGUGGAGGCAGGUUUUGGCACGAGUCCGUUAGGCUCAAUGGUGUUGUCAUUUGGUACGCAGGGCGAUAGCCCUCUGCCCAUUACAUCCGACAUGGAACAGUUCCCCGUUAUCAGUCGAACCCCAUCUUCGUCUGGUGCUUCCCUUACCAGUGCGCCUGCCAGUCCAAUCGGGGUUGUUCGACAUUCCAUGUCUGGCAGCCCUGAAUCUUUCCGCAGCGUCUGGAGCACCCCUUUACAAUCCUGGCAAUCCUCGUCUUCGGUUCAUUCAUCACCUCGCGGUCCCAUUGCGUCAUCUCCAUCUGCUAUGGUUCAGCGGAUCGUCCCGCCUAUUCGCCAGUCUGUGUCUGGACCUUCUUUGAUCGCAACAGGAUUUGCAAGGCAAACGAAUCCGGGCGUGAGUUCACACUCCUUCGUUGGAGAGACGAAUGAAGACGAUGAUUUGCGCUUUGCGUUGGAGUUGAGUCUCGCUGAGGCUGUGAGUCGGGGAGAACAUGCUUAA